GCAAAAUGCAGUGGCUUAGCUUUUAUGUUUUCCUUUUGGAUUUUAGCAAUCAAUUCUUUUUCAAAAUCACCUGCUCAGCAUCUGAAUUUAGCUUGCAGGGAGAUUAUUUGUUGGGUGGGUUAUUUUCAUUAAAUAACGUUUUUCCAGCAGUACACCAGUCCUACCCAGUGGCCCUUGAGUGUUACAGAUAUCGUUUUGAUGUGGCAGCUUAUCGGAUGCUUGAGAUGAUGAGGUUUACAGUAGAAGAGAUUAAUAACUCUUCCACCCUCCUACCUAAUGUCUCACUCGGCUAUGAGAUCUUUGACCAUUGUUCAGAUAUGCAGAAUUUUCCCUCUGUGUUGAGUUUUAUCUCUGAGAACGGAUCCAUUCCAGUUCAGAGAUAUUUAAACAAAUAUAAACCUAAAGUUAUUGCUAUGACAGGGCCAUAUGGAAGCACUAGUACAAUUACAGUGGCACCUUUACUCAUGUUGGCCCUUGUUCCAAUGGUGAAUUAUGGAUCAUCAAGUUAUCAACUGAGUAAUAAAAAAGUGUACCCAUCGUUUUUAAGAACACUGCCUAGCAACAAAAACCUGAUAGAUAUAAUUAUUCACAUUAUUAAAUGGUUUGGAUGGAACUGGGUUGCCUUUAUUGGCAGUCAGGAUGUCUACAGCCAAAAUGGCUUGAAUUUUUUUUCCCAAUAUGCCAAAAAAAAUAGCAUCUGUUUGGCCUAUCAGGAUUUACUUAACCAAACCUCUAACUACACUUCCACGCUGAGUACAAUUGAAAAACGCAAGAUUAACGUCAUAGUGGUGUUUUCGUCCCAAGAUGUAGCAAUAAACUUAAUCAGAGAAGCUAUAAAGAACAACAUCAGAAAUAAGGUUUGGAUUGCAGGUGAGGCAUGGUCUAUGAAUCAGCAGCUUCCUAAUGAACCAGGAAUACAAAACAUUGGGAACAUUUUUGGCAUUACAGAAAAGCUAAUGUCUUUUGAUGGAUUUAAGCAGUUCAUCUACACCAGACAAAGUGAUGAAAACAGCAAUGAUGAAAGUCAUCCUCCUCAGCCAGUAAAAAAAAUGUGUAACCAAGACUGUCUUAACUGUUCACUUUUGAGUUCCGAGGAAAUUUUAAAUGAAAAUCCCACAUUUUCUUUUCCAAUUUAUGCUGCGAUCUACACCAUGGCAAAUGCAUUACACAAAGUUCUACACUGUGAUGCAAAUGGUUGCGACAAAAGCAUUCCAGUUUACCCCUUCAUGCUCUUGAAGGAAAUGAAGACGCUGGAUUUUCUUCUUAAUGGCCGUAAAGUAAAGUAUGAUCAAAAUGGUGAUCUACCUGUCUUUUAUGAUGUGGUCUUCUGGCGCCUUGAAGCCAGUCCUCCGGUUUUUGAGAGAAUUGGCACAUACAACUCAUAUCCAGAAAUUACUUUCACCAUCAACAACUCCCUUAUAGGCUGGGACAGUGAAGCUUCUGUUCCUUUUGCAAACUGCUCAGUUGAAUGUAUGGAGGGAUUCAGAAGGGAAGAGGACCAAAAUUAUGCAUGCUGUUUUCAGUGUAAGAAGUGUGAAACAAACACUUAUGUAAACUAUGAACAAGACCCAUACACAUGCAAGUUGUGUAAUGUAGACGAGUGGUCUGAAGAGGGAAGCACAUCUUGCCAGAAGCGCUCCAUUCUGUAUCUUCAGUACACAGACCCUCUUUCCAUAUUACUUGCGAUAUUUGCUGUCACUCUGCUGGUUUUGUGUGUUGCAGUUAUCAUACUCUUCUUAUACAAUUACAACACACCGGUUGUGAAAUCUGCUGGAGGCAAUAUGUGUUUCCUCAUGCUAGCCUCGUUGGCUUUGUCCAGUAUAAGUGUGUUCUUUUUCUUGGGACAGCCAACAGAGAUCCACUGUGUUUUCAGGAAUGUGACAUUUUACUUUUUCUACACUGUCUGCCUUUCCUGCAUGACAGUGCGCUCCUUUCAGAUAUUCUGCAUUUUUAAAAUGGCUGCCAAGUUCCCCAAGAUCAACAGAUUGUGGGUGCAACAUAAUGGCCAGUGGAUUGUCAUUUCUACUCUUUCGUUUUUUCAAAUAUUCAUUUGUGUUUUAUGGAUGAGUCUAAAAACACCCAUUCCUUCCAAAACGUAUACAGCAGAUGCAAUCAUGCUUGCCUGUUCAGCAGGGAAAGAGCAGGCAUUUUUUGCAUGUCUGUCCUUCACUUGGUCCCUCUGUGUCCUCUGUUUCGCCUUUUCUUAUAUGAGCACUGAUCUACCAAAAAACUACAACGAGGCGAAAUCUAUAGCAUUCAGCAUGCUUUUGUUCUUUAUCAGCUGGUCUUUUUACUUUACAGUGGCUACAUUUCCUCCAGGGUUGUAUAUCCAGUUUUUUAAGGCAGGGGCACAGUUAUCCAGUUUAUAUGGAAUCCUACUGAGCUACUUCAUCCCAAAGUCUUAUGUCAUCAUUUUUCAGCCAAAAAAGAACACUCAAGCAUAUUUUCAGACAUCAAUUCAGAAUUAUACUCAAACCAUGAAUAGGAUGUAGACUACAGUCGGGUCUAAAAGUCUGAGUCCAUUGCCACUCAUUGUUUUUCAUCACAACACACAUACACACGCGCGCGCACAAACAAUCAAAUCCAACUAUGGAGUGGACAUCUUGCAGGACCCAAAUAUUUUACCCAUUUCAUAAUCUACUUAACAAGUAUGAAAGGUUUUUUGUGCAUAGAUGCCUAUUGGUUGUGAUAUGGUGUACUUAGAGAGGGUGGCAUGUAUUUCACUUAGAAUAGUAAAAUGACUAGUGUGGAUGUUAAUGGUUCUUAAAGGCCAACACCUGAUAGUAACUCAAUUGGUACGAUCUUCAACUCUCUAAGUUAGAAGCGGAUUAUGGUCAUACAAAAUUCACUUGAAUUGAAACUUUUUUGAUACACUGGGAGCGACUGAUGUAGAUUGGCAGAUCCUAAAUAGGAACCUCUCAUAUGAAUAAUGGUUAAGUAUAUUGUUAUAUAACAGUGCUUUGGCAGAUUUGUCAAUUGCAAUACAUUGUAUAGCUAUACUUAUUUUGUUGGUGUGUUUUUACUGUUUAUGCUUUGCAAGUUGCUGAACUACAUACAGAUGAGUGACAAAUUCAAGGAAAACCAACAUAAAGUAUCUGAGUAAGGUGCUGAGCUACAAUGUAACUUCCAUGUGGCUUGGCAUCGAUUUGGCAAGUCUCUGGAACUGUACUGGAGAGAUGAACACCAUUCUUCCAAAGGAUAUUCACAUUGUUGUUGUUUUGCUUAUAUUGGUAAAUACACUGUCUAACACUCUACAAUCAUCCAAAGGUGUUCAACUGGUUCACUGGAUCUGGUCAUUGUGAAGGCCAUAGUAUAUGAUUUACAUCAUUUACAUACUCAUCAAACUAUUCAGUAAAUGCCCCUACAGCAAAUAGUGCCACCAUAACUGCCCCCCCCCCCACCCCCUUAAUUUGUCAGUCAUCUGUAGCUUUGAUUUCUAUAAAAGCAAACUCAUCAUAUUGUUCAUCUAUGGUUAAAUAAAAACUCAGUUAUAGAUAAUGGGCUUUCAAACCCCUUAUGUAUGACUUUAAAUAGUAAUCCAAUAUGCAUGUGAUAAUAGAGUUAUCUGAUCCUGUUGAAUAGUAGAAAUACUGUUGAAUUUGUAUUUUACUGGUAGUUUCCAUGACUAUAGAAUAUGUAUUUAAGAAUAUGAAUGAUAAACAGUCUAAUGUAGUGUACAAUUAAUCUGAAUUUGUGAAUGAGCUAAUUUACAUCAUACCUCUGCAU